AUGAUCAUCAAAACUGUCGGAAGCUGGUACCUCAGAAGAGUCAUGUUGAUGCUUCUGGUCACUCUGGUAGCUGCGUGUGCAGUGGUGAAAGGGCAAACCACAGGGACAUGCCCUAGCGUUGUAGGUUUUCCCAAGAAUGGCGGGGGAGAGGUGAAGUCGUUGCCUGACACUGGUGGAAAUUGGGCAAAUCUUAUGACUGAUAAUGUUUUCCCGUGUAAUGGUGUCGUGAAAUCAUGGACAUAUUAUAGGAACAACCCUACCGAUGCUGCCUUUGUGUCUGUAUGGAGAAUCGUACAAAAUGGCGUAUUCAAGCUUAUCUUUAAAACAGAAUUGCCAGCAACUACCGUUGGAAAGCAUACAGUUCCCGUCAGUCCUGAGGCGCCCGUACAGAAGGGAGACUUUAUAGGAAUCCAUUUCUCGAGGAGUGCUUCUAAAUGUGGAGUGGCAAAUGCUAAUUUAUAUCAGGGAGAACAUCCUGAACUAUUAUUAGAAGAUUAUUUCUUUACGUUGAACGUAGGGUUCUAUGAUGACCAAUUUACGGUUGGUGCGGAGUUUAACUUUGCUCCAAAUAAUCAGAUGAAUUUCGUAAAAAGAACAUAUGCAAUACAAGCGGAAUUUGAAGGAGACGACGCCACUGCAAGUCAAGAUCCUAUAUUUGACAAUGCAAAAUGUCACACCCUUGAUGCUGUCCCUGUAAACGCGCUUAUGAAGGAGUUACCACAAAGCGGGGAUAACUGGGCAAACCUACAGGUAGGAGAUAUCUUUCCGUGUGAUGGUGUGGUUACUGGAUAUGAAUACUACCGCCAUCCUGGCUCAAAAGGCACGGCAUUCGUUGGCAUUUGGGAAUAUAGCGGUCCAGGAAAAUACGAAUAUACUCUUAAGCACAAAACUGCCUUACCUUGGGACGCUUCACAAGGAGAACAAGGAGGACUUGUCAAAGUUUCGAUACCGCAAGAGGCUUAUCUCAGGGUGAAUCAACUGGAUGUUUUGGGAGUGUUCUACUCAAAAGAUGAUCCAGUUGGUGUCAUAUCGAAUGCAAAUCCUUGGCAAGCUGCGACGGAUAAUAUUUCUUAUACUACGAUGUAUGACACCCUUAAUAUCAAGUCGUACGAUGAAGACUUCAAAGUAGGAGGAGCGUAUGAUUGGGAUCAACCUUCCUUGUGGAUUGUGCCUAGAUUAUAUGCACUUAAAGCUUUAUUUAAAGAAGAAUGUGGUCCAGAUGUGGUAUUUGCGGUUGAUAACAGCUACAGUAUAAAUCGAGGAGUAUUGAAAAACGUGACAGUGUUAAUGGCAAACAUAGUCAAUCAGUUCGAAGUUGGCCCUGAUGAGAGAGAAGCGCAGUUUGCAGCACUGGUAUUCGACAAGACCGUCAAAGACCAGUUUUUCUUCGAUACUAACAACACGAAAGAUGGAGUUUUGGACAAUAUUGCUGGUUUAUAUAUUGAGUUAGACGGGAAGAGAACAAGAACAGAUAGAGCUCUUAAGAAGAUUAGUAAGAAUUACUUGAAUAAAAAUGGAGAUCGGCCUAACAAUAAGAAUUUUGUUUGUAUCAUAACCGAUGGUGUUACAUAUCCAAAACGGUUUAAGUCAAAAGCUGUGGCACUGGCUAGGAAACUUGAGGGACAUCCCUACAAUGCAGAUGUCAUUGUGGUUGGCUUACCCCACAGGCGAGCUAAAGACCCUGGGACCCACUGGAAUGAUCUUGCUACCGACCCCGAUGAAGAACACAUGUUCCUGCCACCUAUUUAUGAAGUUGCUGAGUUAAGCCUCGCAAAAGCCAUAGCAUCUAAGAUAGCCUCAUUUGCUUGUAAUAAAAAAGCCCCAGUGGCUUGUAAUGAAGAAUAA